AUGUGCACAUCAAUGACAACCCCAAUUGCGUUACUUCUUCUACACUUCAUAUUCCCCGCCACGACGCUGGCACCUCCAACUCCGCAAAGUAUAGUGUUACCAUUAAGCAAUGGAGUGUUCAAUCCGACACCAAAACGUGAUUCAUUCUACAAUAUGGUGACGACAGAUCUGAAAUGCGGAAUAAAAAAAGGAACUGUUUCGAAGACAUCCACUGAGGGCGAAUCCGUUGAUAUCUAUACUCCUUGCGUCAUUUAUCCGAACCAAGUAUUGUAUUCGUCAAAACCGACCAUUAUCGCGUCAUCUUGUCCUUUGCUAAAAUGCACAAAUCUUAGUCCAACGGGCAAUUAUGCACUUAAUGGUGUCAAAGAUGUUCCCGACUACGCCGCCACCGUAAAAGCGAAAAAACUUGUGCGAACAAAACCGGAAGUGCCGUUGUACGAUGCUGAAAUAAAUUACAUUUGUGAUCAAUUCACAUUCGAUAAUAUUUCAACUCAGCUUGCCAUAAGUCACAGCGAAAUUUGCCAAGUGGCCUCGAAUGACGAAUUUGUUAUUCGUUCUCGAUAUGAAUUUGAAGAUUGGGGUGUCAACAGAUUGAGAUCUCAUUUCCAUGGACCUUGGACGGAUUCUGACAAAGAUCUCAGGGCACAGUAUGGGAUACUUGACAACAAAUUCACAAUGGCGGAUCAUGUGUUCUUGCAAUGCGAUGCCAGUUGCGAUAAGGGCUCUGUGCUCAAAUUCACAAUGAAAAAAGAUUUCGCCUGGACGCUCGAAUUUUUCUUGGCCGUCGAUACGCCUGCCGUCAAAAUAUGCUUCAACACGUCGGCGCACGCUGAAACCGACAAGCUGCCAGUUUGCCAUCCCGAUUUAACAAUGACAAUUCUGCCGCAAAACAACUUGGUUCUAUGGCCGUUCAAUCGGAUGGCUUCCUACCUUCGUUUCGGAAACAAGCCAAUCGAGUCGACGCCGACUGGAAAACCGAUUUUGUUGCACUUCCAACUAAUUGGCCGACACUAUGGAGGGAACCAAAUUGGAGUACAAAAUCGAUUCAACGAAUUGGUGUUGUCCGAUUCCAGCGGAUAUCAGAGUGAACAUCUUCGGUUAAUCACCGUGUUCCUGCCAAAAGAGGACACUCUUCAUAGUGGCUUCGGAAUUUAUCCUGUGAACUUGGAAUCUGCGACGACGCUUGUUAAAAAAGGCGAGACGGUUAAAAGACGGACAGCAGCCGGUGUAGCUAACGAGAAAAUUUCCGAGAAAUAUGGAGAGAUCAUCAAGGCGCUCACAUCACCGAAACCAACUGUGCCUGUGCCAAAAUCGACAACUCCUCCACCUCAAAUUGUCUACGUCAAAGAUUCGAUAAGCGAAGAACCCAGGGAUUACGCCAGUCAGUAUACAAAAGGCAAAUGGUUGUUAUUUGCGGUUCUUCUUGGAUUCAUCAUUGGAACACUGAUUAUAACGAUCAUCGGUGGAGCUAUUAUGUAUUUAUUGAGGAGAACCGUAUACAGUUUCUGGUACCGAGGAAUGUUCAAACGUUAUGGAUGUGAUGCAUCUGGUACGACUGGCGGACUCACUGGAAUUGGAUUUGGAACUCAAAUCACCACGACGCAGACGAUUGGUGGUAAAACGACAGUCGGUGCAACAAGUGGAAGCACAACGGGAGGCGGCACAACAGCAGCAUUGACGACAGGAGAUGGAACCAGCAUGGCACUGUAA